AUGAGAAACUUCUCACAGGCUGAUGGAGAUACGAUCACCAUUCUCAGCAUUGACGGAGGAGGUGUCCGGGGGAUUAUCCCUGCAACUCUCCUUCAAUGUCUUGAGGAAAAGCUUCAGAAACUGGAUGGUCCAGACGUUAGAAUAGCAGAUUAUUUCGAUGUCAUUGCUGGGACAAGCACUGGAGGGCUAGUUACCGCAAUGUUAACUGCUCCAAAUGAGGAAAACAGACCAUUGUUUGCGGCAAAGGACAUUACGCAGUUCUAUUUGAAUGAAAGUGAGAAAAUUUUCCCAGCCGCAAACCGUGGAAAGGUGCAUUCAGCAAUAACUCUUUUCAGAGGCCCUGCAUAUGAUGGCAGUUAUCUGCAUGAUCUUGUGAAAAGAAAAGUAGGUGAUGUUCGACUGGACGAACUAGUAACUAAUGUGGUGAUCCCAACCUACGAUACUCAAUUACUACAGCCCACAAUUUUCUCUACUUUUGAGGCCAAGCGAGACACAUCAAGAAAUGCAAAGUUAUCAGAUGUAUGCACUGGUACGACGGCUGCCCCAACAUUUCUUCCUCCUCAUUAUUUUGAAACAGAAUACCCCUCCGGCAACACCAGAAAGUUCAACCUGAUAGAUGGAGGAGUGGCUGCUAACAAUCCAUCACUAAUUGCUGUCAACGAAGUGAGUAAAGAAAUAAAGAGUAAAUCCAGCCAACCAGUUGAGAAGAUAAAUAUUGUGGUGUUGUCCCUUGGAACUGGAUACCAAAUGUCAUCGUACAAAGCCACCGAUAUUGCAAAAUGGGGAAAGUGGGAAUGGGUCGAUCACAAAGAUGCUGUGCCACUGGUCGACACUUUCAUGCAAUCAAGUUUAGAUAUGGUGGACAUUUACGCCUCCUUAAUCUUCCAAUCCUUUAAGACUGGAAAGAACUUUGAGCCUGGAAGGAACUAUAUCAGAAUUCAGGAUGACAACUUGGAGGGAGAUGCAACCUCUACUGAUAACUCUUCUGAGAAAAAUCUUAAGGAACUUGAAAAGAGAGCCAAUUAUCUCCUGAAAAAGGAUGUUGGCAGAGUCAAUUUAGAGACGGGAACGUUUGAGCCAGCUCCUGGUAAGGCUAAUGUUAGCAACAGAGAAGACUUGGAGAGCUUUGCUAAGAGACUCUCGGACGAAAGAAAGUGA